AUGUCGUGGCGAGCAUCGUCGUUUGCGCUUGCGAUGGCAUACUUGCUGGGCCUGGUGUAUUCGGGUGCAGCCAAUGCGGUGGUGCAGGACCCGAUGGAGGCGCACGCCCAAAGCUUCGGCUGGCUUGCCAUCCGCAACUUCACCUUCUGCAUGUCCCGACAUCCCGAUCCGCCCAACAAGCCGUUGGGGAUCCAACCCACUGGAACCACACUCAGCACUUCGGACCGCAGAAAGCCAAGGACUACGGGGAUGGGUGAUAGCGUGGUGGUGCUCUACCAUCCUGAGCAGCCACAGCAGCCAAUCGCGUGGUGCAACACACUCGUCGCCUUUACGAGCACAAAACACAUGAAGUGCCACACGGCCCUGCCCACUUGCCAGCGCUGCGAUGCGGUUCGAUCCGGACAGGAGGGAGGCAAAAAUGGCCAGCCUGCCCAAGCGGCACCUCCAGCGGGUGCACAGGCUGCAGGGCAAAGCGCAGGCCAAGGUAAAGCUCAAGACUCGAAGCCUGCUAACCAGCCCGAAUCUGACCAAGGCAUCCCUCGACGUAGGCUUGAUCCGCCCGCAACGCAAGACCAGGACGACAAGGGCCUGGUCUCCCUCACCCGGCGUGGCGAAACCACCUCCUCCCAACCAGGCAAGGACCCCACAUCCCAGCCGCAGGACAAGACAGCGCGAUCCUUUGGCACUCCAAGCUCUUCGUCAAGUCAGGACUUCCUCGCCGACGCUACGCUGCAAGAAGCGAUUCACGAGUUCCAAGACUUUUGCGAAAACAAGUUGACCCUCGCGGUUCGGGCCGACUGUCCUCUACACGUCGUUCGCGGCUGGUUGGACGAGCCACCCUUCGACCUACACCGAUUCUGCUCGUCGCAGCAAGGCAAUGUAUGGGUUCAUCAUGGCCCUCGCCACCGCGAUUCUAAUGCCGAUGCUAGUGCCCAGAGCAAGGACGACCAGGGCAAGGGUUCGACCAAGCAGCCCGAACCAGUCACGGGUGAAGCGCGCAGUAGGAACGUCGACCCGCACUAUGAACGUGGCGCCUUCGAUCCCAAUGAUCCCAUCGUACCCUGGCCCGAGGACAAAGGCUCUUGA